CGGGUGGGGGCGGUGUGUUGGGGCGGGGCCUGCUUUGCUCAGGACUGAAGAUAGACCUGAACCGGCACUGAGAGAAGGCAGUGUAGAGGACCAGGCUGAAAGGACCUGAACUAUGGCCGGUACCAGCUCUAGAACCAGGACCAGGACUAAGACCAGGACCAGGACCAGGAUCAUAGUGUUCACCAUCUGUGCUCUGACGCUGCUGUGCGCCGUGGCCGUGCCUCUUCUCGUUGUUGUCGCGGUGAGGAGUCGCUGUUCACCAGACACUUUUUCCAGGGCAGCGGUGGCGGCAGACUCUCACAUCUGUUCACAGAUUGGACGGGACAUUCUUCAACAAGGGGGCUCGGCCGUAGAUGGCGCCAUUGCCGCACUGCUGUGUACCACCCUGGUCAACCCUCAGAGCAUGGGCCUAGGAGGCGGGGCCAUCUUCACAGUGAUGGACAACAAUGGUCGUGUGGCAGUUAUCAACGCCAGGGAGACGGUACCGGAGAAGACCAGGUCCGACCUGCUCAGGUCAUGUCCCAGCCGCUUCCAGUUGUUGUCAGGUACCCAGUGGAUUGCAGUACCAGGGGAACUGCGGGGUUACGAACAGGCCCACCGCCUUUACGGGAAGUUACCGUGGGCCACUCUCUUCCAGCCAGCCAUCCGGUUGGCCAGAGAAGGAUUUCCUGUUCCCAAAGUUCAAGGCGGAUACAUCCCGUUCACCGACACCAACCAGAGCCGCGCCCUGCGGAAGUUAUUUUCAGACAAGGACGGGAACUUACUGAAGACCGGAGACACGGUGAGGUUCGAGAAGCUGGCCGACACCUUCCAGACCAUCGCCAACCACGGGGCCGAUGUUUUCUACACCGGGAGCGUGGCCCGGGAUUUGAUCCACGACAUACAGGAGGCAGGAGGGACGCUAACGCUCCAGGACUUGGCUCAGUACAGGGCCAAAGUGUCGGAGCCCUGGAAAAUUUCUUUGGGGGAAUACCAGAUGUACAUCCCUCCACCGCCUGCAGGGGGAAUAGUCCUCAGCCUGGUCCUCAACAUUCUGAAAGGAUUUGGCCUGACGUUAGCAGCAGAACACCAGACCCUGACCUAUCACCGUUACGUUGAAGCCCUCAAGUUCGCCAACGGGCUGAAGAAGGACCUCCACCCACGGUUGACUACGGAGGCAAUGGGGAGAAAAUUAACGGAGGACGAUUUUGCCGACCGCAUACGAACCUUGAUCCUGAGCGACAGGACACACGAGCCACAGUUUUACAACAUCAGCCACCACCUGGACACCGUGGGUACUACACAUCUGUCAGUGCUGGCUGAGGACGGCUCUGCUGUGUCGGUCACCAGCAGCAUCAACCACAUCUUUGGCUCCAGGGUCUUCUCCCCCAGGACCGGAGUCAUCCUCAAUAACCAGCUGUCGGACUUCUGUGGCAGAGUAGAGGAAAUCUUUCCAGGGGACCAGCCUCCGUCCUCCAUGACACCCGCGCUGCUGAAGUCUCCGACCAGAACCCUGGUGAUCGGAGGAACCGGCGGGUCCAUGAUCACGACGGCCAUGGCCUCGGCUGUCAUGCACCACAUCUGGUUCGGAAAGGGCCUCAGGGAGUCCAUCGCUGCGCCGGUCAUUUUUGUCGACGCUAAGAAUGACUUGUGGUUCGAAGCCAACUUCGAUAAGAACCUCACGGAGGCGCUCAUGGCUUUGGGCCAUCGUCAGGACCCCGAAGCCCACCGCUUCUUCAACGUGGUCAACGCGGUGGAGAAACAGGAGGACGGCUGCAUCUGCGCCGUGUCCGACAGCAGGAAACUGGGCCGAGCAGCCGGGUACUGAGGCCCCGGCGUCACGAGACGCUGCUGCGGUUUUGAAGGUCUCCAGCUUCAGGAGAGCAGAGGACACAGAAACUCGGUACUCAGAACUCAAACAAAGAGCCCGAGGUGGUAUCAGUACCAGGGAUCGGUUCUUCGGGACCAAACAUCUGAUGUUUUUCACCUUUUCUGAGACAUUUUACGUACUUUUUGCCGUUGGAAAGUUCUGACCUUUGACAUCAGACUGUUGACCUCACAUUACAUAUAUUUAACUUUCGGUGUUGUAAAACUGGAGGAGCGGGGACUAGGAGGGGGCAGUGGGUGGAGUUAAACCCAGGACCUUCUGCCUGGUUCCUCAGUACUUUAUUUGAUCCUGACGUAAACAAUCCUGUUCUUAAUAUUAUUCCAACAUUAAACUUGUACCGUGUGAAGGAACAACUGCAGGGACAUUUCUUUGGAACCGACAGUUUGACCAGAGAAGAAGAAAACGGUUCUUCAGGAAAACCGAUUCCUCAGAACUGAGGCGGAGGAAUCGGUUUCCCGAAGAACCGUUUUUCUUCGUUUUUGGUUCCGUUGACGCCGUGCCCAGAUCGGAUCAGACAGGUACGUUUGGACUUCCUCCCAUCAUGCCUUUCUCCAACAGUCAGUUCUGGUUUGGUUGUUGUUAGCUAAGGUUGGGCAACUGAUCUUGACGUAGAUUCUUCAAAGAAACGGUACCAACAAAGAGAACAUCUGUGGAACUCCACUCUGGAAGUGACCAGAACGACAUGGUGCAAGAUUCCUUCUCUGGUGUCGACCGUGUUUAUUGAAGGAACAAACGUACAACAACAACAACAACAACAACGACGACACGUCAACACACAGUCA